UUCGCAGGAAGUUAGUGUCCCCUAUUAACACUCCUGUGCAGGUGGUGGCGGUAAUGCACCAGAAACGCUGUUGCCAAUCGACAUUAAACAAGAAGAAGUAGCAGCGCUUGUAAAAAGCAGAACUUGGCCGUAAGGAGCAGAUCGCGUUUCUGUUUCUGAUGCGUGUUUGGAAAGAUAUACGCUCUCGUUGAUCGUUGUAAACAAAGAACGUGUACUUGUGCUGACUGACGGGAGUAACAUGCCGGAAAGAGGAGGUCAGUGAGCCCACUGUCUCUACUAGUCCUAGUCCAGUUAUAAAAUCGGCGCGCUUGCCUCCUUCUCCCCUGGUGGAUCUUUCAUUCGGGUUACUCAGAGAGGGAUCCACAGAAAAAGAAGGGAAAGCAUCAAACAAAACAAUAACCAACCAGUUCCAGCAAGUACAGAUGAACCAGUUGUGAACCGGAUGGAAAAGACUUUUACCACUAUGAAGCAGCCCAGAAGACGCCAGAGCAUUGACAGUGGAGACAAAAGCUUCACAUGCGAUCAGUGUGGAAAGACCUUUACUCAGAGUGGCAGCUUAAAACAACAUCAGCUCAUCCACACUGGAUUUAAGCCAUUCAGCUGUGAUCAGUGUGGAAAGGCUUUCACCUGGAGUAGCAGUUUAAAACAUCAUCAGGUCAUCCACACUGGAUUUAAACCAUUCAGCUGUGAUCAGUGUGGAAAGACUUUCACUUCGAAAAAUAAUUUAAAAAGACAUCAGCUCAUCCACACUGGAUUUAAAUCAUUCAGCUGUGAUCAGUGUGGAAAGACUUUCACCUGGAGUAGCAGUUUAAAACAACAUCAGCUCAUCCACGCUGGAUUUAAACCAUUUAGCUGUGAUCAGUGUGGAAAGUCUUUCACUUCCAAAAAUAAGUUAAAAGGACAUCAGGUCAUCCACACUGGAUUUAAAUCAUUCAGCUGUGAUCAGUGUGGAAAGACUUUCACUGGGAGUAGCAGUUUAAAACAACAUCAGCUCAUCCACACUGGAUUUAAACCAUUUAGCUGUGAUCAGUGUGGAAAGACUUUCACUGGGAGUAGCGGUUUAAAACGACAUCAGGUCAUCCACACUGGAUUUAAAUCAUUCAGCUGUGAUCAGUGUGGAAAGACUUUCACCUGGAGUAGCAGUUUAAAACAACAUCAGCUCAUCCACACUGGAUUUAAACCAUUUAGCUGUGAUCAGUGUGGAAAGACUUUCACUAGGAGUAGCAGUUUAAAACAACAUCAGGUCAUCCACACUGGAUUUAAAUCAUUCAGCUGUGAUCAGUGUGGAAAGACUUUCACUGGGAGUAGCAGUUUAAAACAACAUCAGGUCAUCCACACUGGAUUUAAAUCAUUCAGCUGUGAUCAGUGUGGAAAGACUUUCACUGGGAGUAGCGGUUUAAAACGACAUCAGCUCAUCCACACUGGAUUUAAACCAUUCAGCUGUGAUCAGUGUGGAAAGACUUUCACUGGAAGUAGCGGUUUAAAACAACAUCAGCUCAUCCACACUGGACUUAAACCAUUCAGCUGUGAUCAAUGUGGAAAGACUUUCACCUGGAGUAGCGGUUUAAAACAACAUCAGCUCAUCCACACUGGACUUAAACCAUUCAGCUGUGAUCAGUGUGGAAUGGCUUUUACUCAGAGUGGCAGCUUAAAACAACAUCAGCUCAUCCACACUGGAUUUAAACCAUUCAGCUGUGAUCAGUGUGGAAAGACUUUCACCGGGAGUAGCAGUUUAAAACAACAUCAGCUCAUCCACACUGGAUUUAAACCAUUCAGCUGUGAUCAGUGUGGAAAGACUUUCACUGGGAGUAGCGGUUUAAAACAACAUCAGCUCAUCCACACUGGAUUUAAACCAUUCAGCUGUGAUCAGUGUGGAAAGACUUUCACUGGGAGUAGCGGUUUAAAACAACAUCAGCUCAUCCACACUGGAUUUAAACCAUUCAGCUGUGAUCAGUGUGGAAAGGCUUUUGCACUCAAGAAUAGGUUAAUAAAUCAUAAACUAAUCCACCCAAUCAUCCAUCCAUCUUCUUCCGCUUUAUCCGUGGCUGGAACGCGGGGUUGGAUCGCGGGGAACACCAUGGUGUUCCCAGGCCAGCCGAGAGAUAUAAUCUCCCCAGUGUGUUCUGAGUCUGCCUCGGGGCCUCCUCCCAGUGGGACAUGCCUAGAACACCUCACUCAGGAGGCAUCCUUGUCAGAUGCCUGAAUCACCUCAACUGGCUCCUUUCGAUGUGGAGGAGCAGCGGCUCUGCGACUCUGAGCCCCUCCCGGAUGGCUGAAGGAGUAACAGAUGGGUUGAAGGUGGGGAUGGGAUUACAUCAAUUCUGAGCCCCUUUUUGUUUUCAUUAGCGAUGGACAGACUGACAUUCGAGGUCAGUUAAGAGUCUCUGUUGAAUAUCUUGUUUGCAGAUGACAUUGUAAUCUAUAGUAGGAAUAGGAAUCAGGUGUAAGAGAACCUGGAGAGGUGGAGGUAUGCUCUGGAGAGAAGAGAAAUGAAGGGAAGGGAAAUAACAUGCCUAUCUUAAGCUGGCAGCCAGCAUGUAGAAAGACUUUCUCUGAAUUGUUGAUAUUAGUUUCUUACAUUUUCUGAUUUUUAAUCAAAUAGUCUUUUCAGAAACUCCUGAUUGUUGUUUCAUAAAUGUAAUGGCCAUUUACUAGAAACCGAAAUUAAACCCAUGAUUAAGAGUGUUAAGGAAUAAACAGAUAUUCUUUGUGCUUAUUUUCUGAUUAUAUUGGUUUUUGUACUUUGUAGUAAGGUCUGUGAGGAAAACUAGGUCAGAGGGUGACUGGUCGCCUUGGCAACAGAGACUUCAGCAAGGAGAAGUUAAAAAACAGGAAGCUAGGGUAGAGCUUCAUAGGCAUAUUAAUAAAACACAGGAAACCAGACAGAAAAGCGGAACUAGUAACACAGAAGGAGUUGUUUAUAUCGAAACUAUGUGUGUCUGACGUAUAGCAGAGCUAUAAACAGAAUUUAAUAAGAGGCCACGAUGCACCAAAGGUUAGAAAUCUAUGCACGCAUCACAAAAGAAACUGUUCAUUGAAGAUCGAAUUGAGGAAAAGUUUGUCACGUUAAAGUCACGCAAAUGUUGAAUUUAUCUGUUCUGUGCAAACAUCUAUGUAAUCUUGCAGACCAAGCAUUAUUGUCAUCAUGUGAUCACAAAGAGAAUCAGAGCAUCUGAACAGAUUGCCUUCUAGGUCAAUCUGAAAGACCUGUUGCUGUUUAACAACAAAAUUUAGUAGUUUUAAAUGAUUUCUGUUGUCUUAAAACUUGAUGUGGGUCUGUUUUGUUGCAUGAUGAGAAAAAGAAACCUGUCUUAUUUUAUUUUGCAUCAAAAAUGUUUUUUUAUUGUAUUUCAUCAGUUUAUCAUUUUGACCAAAGGUAUGUGUAAAAUUAAAUGUAUCCUAUAAUUAUUAAGAUAUAGAAAAAUUAUAAUGUAUAUUUCUUAUUUUCUGUGAACUUAUUUACACAUUACUUAAAAGUUAUGUCUCUAUAAUCCUUUUUUGUAUUUUCUCUGUAAGAAACCGACUUGCUAACCCUUUAUUCCAGUGUACCUACUGUUAAGUAUUUGUGCAUAAAUAUAAUUAAAAUGCCAUUUCAAAGAGAAUAAUUGAAAUUUCAUAUAAUUACAGUGGAAUUGCAGCAUUUAUCACAGGACCACACUUACAAUCCAAAUCCCCCUGUAACUGUAUUGUCAUGUGCCAUGUGCAGUGUAAUAGGGCAGCCUUUUGCGGCUGGAUUUAUUAUGAGGCAGCCAAGACAAGUAUAGUUGAACACGGGGUAUUUAUUUACCAUACAGCUCACAAACAAUCCACUGCAUCUAAUAACAACUGACAGUCUUAAAUACUUUCAGCUGUCACAGAUUAAAGCAUUAUUCUAUUAACAGGUGAUUUCUCAAAUCCUAACCUUCCACCACAUUAUAUAAUACAUCAACUUUAAUAAAAAUAUAUAUGAAUACAUUUUCAUAUUAAUAAAUAUUUUACACUUUAUCCUUAAACCAUACCCCUUAUUGUAAAAACAUCAAAAAAACCCAAGCAGAAAAGAUUUCCCAUCCUCCUUUAACCCAUGGCCUCUCCUGGAACCUUUAAAUGUGUCUGGACCCCCAGGAAAACAUUUGCCCAAACACCCUGGAGUGAACACGGGAAAGAAAGGUGAGUAAUAACAUCUUACGGUCACUUCUUUGCACCAAAGACUUUCACACACACUAGCAUUAGUUAUCCUUACUGGUAAACCUUAUUUGCUCUCAAUCACAAACGGUCUUCUUCACAGAAAACCACCACAUUUAUUGAUGAGGAGCAGGAUCUAGAACAGGGGUGGGCACCGAGGGCCGGUGUCCCUGCAGGUUUUACAUGUGUCCUUGAACCAACACAGCUGAUUUAAAUGGCUAAAUUAUCUCCUCA